AUGGAGAUAGUUUUCAAAAGACUCCUACUGAUGUGGAAAGAGGCAGAAGAUUGUGGAGCAGCUUCUGAUCAAGAUCAUGGCAGAACCGUCAGCCAUGGAAAGCAAAGUCUUACAAUUGAUGUAAGAAGGGGCUGCCCUUUUCUUGAUACAGUUAAUAGACAGGUUUUAGAUUUUGACUUUGAGAAAAAAUGCUCGGUCUCCAGCAGAACCUUGAAUGUCUAUGCAUGUUUGAUUUGUGGGAAGUACUAUCAAGGAAAGGGUAAAAAUUCCUAUGCAUAUAGACACAGUAACGAAGCAGGGCACAACAUAUAUAUCAAUCUGCAGACUGAGAAAAUUUAUUGCCUUCCUGAUGGAUAUGAAGUAAAAGACCCAUCACUUGAUGACAUUCGCCUCGUUCUGAAUCCAAGAUUUAUGCUGGAGCAAGUUAAACAGCUUGACAAAAACAGGCAAUGGUCCAGGGCACUUGAUGGAUCUGAUUAUCUUCCAGGAACGGUUGGGCUUAAUAACAUCAAGGAGAAGACUGAUUUUGUUAAUGUGGCAAUUCAGUCUUUGAUGAGAGUAACUCCUCUUAGAAACUUCUUUUUAAUCCCCGAAAACUAUCAGCAUACGAGAUCUCCUCUGGUUCAUCGAUUUGGAGAGCUCACACGAAAGAUUUGGCAUGCAAGAAAUUUCAAGGGACAGGUGAAUCCACAUUUGUUCUUGGAGGCUGUUAUAGAAUCAAGUGAAAAACGAUUUCUGAUAGACAUGCAGUCUGAUCCCGCUGAAUUUAUGUCAUGGCUUCUUAAAACCUUGGAUGCUGAUCUUCGAGGUUCAAAAAAAGGGAACACCAUAAUUCAGCAGUGCUUUCAGGGUGAGAUGGAGGUUGUGAAAGAGAUACACAGUAGAUCUAUUGCUGAGAGGGGAGAAAAUGGGGACACAGACAAUAUUAUUAUGAAGACCAGCAGAAUGCCUUUCUUAAUGCUUGACCUUGAUUUGCCACCUGCUCCUCUUUUUAAGGAUGUUAUGGAGGAAAACAUUAUCCCACAGGUUCCGCUGUUCAACAUAUUAAAGAAGUUUGACGGUGAGACUGUGACUGAAGUUGCGCACCCCCAUAUAGCUAGGAUGAGAUAUCGCAUCACAAAACUUCCACAACAUCUAAUUCUUCACAUGCGUCGGUUUACCAAGAACAACUUCUUUGAGGAGAAGAACCCCACCCUUGUUAACUUCCCUGUGAAGAAUUUGGAGCUGAAGGAUUAUAUUCCUCUCCCUGCACCCCAGCAGAACAGAAAACUGCGCUCGAAGUAUGAUCUGAUUGCCAAUACCGUUCAUGAUGGCAGGCCAGGAGAAGGAUCAUACGGAGUAUUUGUGCAGCGAAAAUCCGAAGACCUUUGGUAUCAAGUGCAGGACCUACAUGUUUCAGAAACUCUUCCUCAGAUGGUUGCACUCUCUGAGGCUUAUAUGCAGAUCUAUGAACAACAACGGUGAUGGAAAUCGACGAAGCAUUGUCACCAAAAUUCUCUUCUUAGAGAAUUAUUGUUUUGAGUGCCUGAGUAUAGAUGAAAGAACUCAUUGAUAACGCAAAAAAUUUGAGGAUAACUAGAGGUGCCCCAAAAUAUACACAAAUUUGUGUAUUUUUUCACUAUAGAUGAAGAAUACAGCCAUACAAAUAUACAACUAUAUUUGUUCUUUAUAAUUUGCAAUCACGUCUUGCUGACACUUCACAGCAACACUUGCAAGACGAAAUCUAUCAGCUUAUGUUAGAUUUAUUCUUAUUAUUAUGUCUGCCCAAAUAUUAUAUCAGGCUCAUAACUUAUAUACAGUUUUUAGUGGUAGAAUAAUCUGGCUUAUUUAUUCUGUUACUUGAUAGAUGUGUCUAAUUUAAAAAUCC